GCGGAACAAACGAAAGUACACUACGACAUACGCAUCAAAAUCAUCGUGCACUAUCUUAUGAGGGAAAUAUUCCGCGCCGGGAUUUCUAGCUUUCCAUGUCCAGGAACAACCUAAUUCUCUUGCUCGUCUUCAGUGCCGGUUUCGUUUGUGGCUACUACGCCCAUAUACUUCGUAUAAAGUAUCUCCGUAAGAAGCACGAUUUUCUACAGAGGAAAGUGAAGGCGGUUGAACAGCUUCUGAAUAACUAAUUGAAAACAUUCUGCGCAGAAUGACUUCGGAGGAGGAGAAUCUUUACGGUAUUUCCUGGUCCAAUCCUGCUUGGAGUCAUCUGUUGUGCGCAGCCAAUGUGUUGGAUUAUUUCUGUGACCUAUCUAAUCCAUUCUACGAUCGGCAGUGCAACAACGAGGUUAUCCGCAUGCAGCGCCUUAGCGCAGAACAGUUACUUUGCAUGACCGGCGUUGAGUUCUAUUUGCACCAUGCACAGGAACCUAUUUUGUUCAUCAUUCGGAAACAACAGCGGCUUACCAGCACACAAGUUACUCCCCUCGCUUACUACUAUAUCAUCAACGGCACCGUGCUGCAAGCACCUGACCUUACCACUCUGCUCAGUUCGCGGUUGCUGACGACAGUGAACAGUUUGAACAAGGCCCUACAGACUUUGGCUCCUUGUGCCCGCUACCAUCCAUCGGACGGUUCCUAUUCGUGGGAUGAUCCCAAUACAUUGUUAGGAUUAACCAAUGUGGAUACGGAAGGUGUUGUCAGUCCAGUCAAAUCCGGCCAAUCAUCCAAGUCAGAGCAGCCCCCGGCCAACCUGUUCCAAGUGCAGCGAGCGGACUUUCUCCUAGCCGAGUGGGCUAAUCGCUUCCCUCUUCCGUCGCCAGCCUUUGCCAACGCAGUCAGUGGGGCAUCGUUCCCUUCAAGCACAGUGGCGCUGCCGAUGACCACGUCCCAUUCUAUUUCCUUACCCGGUACGAUAAAGGAAGAACCAACAACCGGUGAACCCGUACAGAUGGUGAGACCCUCAGUGAAGCCCACAGUUCUUCCCCCGAAUGUGCCAGCCCCAGGCAGUUUCCCCUCGUCACCACAAAUGGACAAGAAACCACGCGUUUGAAACCCACCUACAUUUGGUUGUAUAAAUUUCA